AUGCAAGAUAAAAUUAACACUAAAGCUUUAGCAUAUGUCCAGAGACGUAAAGGAAGAUGCUUAGGCAAAAAUUAUAAAUGGUGUACCAUUUGUCCUAAUGUACUGGAAAAAUAUGCUGGUAUAUAUUUAAGGAUUUAUUACAUAAAAAAUUUUCAUUCUGAAAGCCUAAAUUCUUGGAGGGAUUAUAUCUAG